GUCGAGCCCUAUAUAUGCAUGGUGGAGUAUGGGUGUACCGAGUCAUCUUACACUCUUAAGCAUCGACGACGACAUGGCCGCCGGCGACAAGGGUAGCCUCCUCGCCGGCUUCGCCACCUUCCUCCAGCUCAUCUGUGGCGGCGGCGGCGGUGGCGAGGACUAUCAGCUGCCGAUCGAUCACAACCAUCCCGACCACAAAGCCGACAUCCUCAUGUACGGGGACAUGGUGGAGGCCGCCUACAAGGCCUUCGCCGGCGACGACGACGAGAAGGAGGUUCACUACUACGGCGGCGGCGGCUACUUGUACUUGGCCACCACCAACCUCUACGCCACCAUCGACGCCGUCCCGGCGCCGCUCGAGGCGGCGCUCCCCGUCCUCCGCGGCGUCGACAAUCCCUACUGGUUCGGUUACGUCGCCGCCGCGUGGCGCGGCGGCUACUGGGACGUCGUCGUCCCGUGGCGCGGCUCCGUGAACGUCGCCGACUGGUCGAUGAACAUCCAGUUCCCCCUCGUGCCGUUCAAGCCGUACACGUCGAAGGAUAAGGGGAUCGGAUGCGGCGCCGCCGCCGCCGCUGCCGCCGGCGAGGUGGAGAAGGGCUUCCACAAGGUGUACGCGUCCAAGGACAAGGCCGGGAAGGGUCAGCGCGGCGAGCUCAGCGCACAGGAGCAGGUCGUCGAGGAGGUGAGGCGAUUGGUCGGCCAUUUCCGGCGAGAAGAUCCCGGCGUCGGCGUCCGCGUGACCAUGGCGGGGCACAGCCUCGGCGGCGCGCUCGCCCUGAUGGCCGCGCACGACGUCGCGGCGGCGCUGGCCGACGACGACGUCCCCGUCCGCGCCGUGACCUUCGGCGCGCCGCGCGUCGGCGACGGGGCGUUCCGCGACGCCCUGAUCAAGGGCCGCCACGUCGACGUGGUGUCCCUCGUCGUCAAGCAGGACUUGGUGCCGCGGCUGCCGCCGGGCCACCGGUACGUGCAGGUCACCGAGAAAGUCGUCGAGCUCGUCGUCGACGACGCCGCCGUCGCCAUGUCGCUGUCGGCGUCGCACAGCCUGGAACAGUACCUGCACCUGUUCAGGCGCCUGUGCGACGACGACGGGCAAGCCUUCGCGGCGCCCCAUGACGGCGGCGAGGUGGCGCCGGAGAAGAAGAACAAGUGGCCGGAGAUGGAGGAGGAGGCUGACGGCUACAAGCGGCUGCCGCUGUCCGAGCUGGACAAGCUCAUCACCAAAUAAAGGCUUGAAGCUCCAAUUUUCCCAGGAAAUUAACUGAACUAUUUCUACGUACCAGGCUCACACAAGAUAUGUUAUCCUGCGUGUGCUUUCUCCGGUUAAAAUCAUAUGUGUUUAAGAAACUAUAUCUUGUUAACUUAGUGAAACUCUGUUCAUCCCUUA